CCCAGUGAGGCAGCAGCCAUAGUCACCGUAGUCCUGGCGACUGUAACCCACCAACAACAACCUCUCGCUCCAUCAUUACCACCUCCUCCACCAUCCUCAUCUUCAUCAACCAGUACCACAGCUCAGGCGCCAUGCAGACCCCUGAAGCAGGCGCUGACUCCACCUCCACUGUCCCUCUUCAGACCGCCGUGCCUGUCCAGCCUACCGGCUCCACCCAGCAGGUGCCUGUCCAGCAACAGGCCCAGACUGUUCAACAGGUUCAGCAUGUUUACCCAGCACAGGUGCAGUAUGUGGAGGAGAACAGUGGCGUCUACACCAAUGGCAACAUAAGAACCUACUCGUACUCAGAGCCACAGCUGUAUAGCCAGAACAGUGGAGGGAGCUACUUUGACACGCAGGGCAGCUCAUCACAAGUGUCCACUGUGGUGACAUCUCAUGGCAUGACCAACAACGGAGGAGGGGGCGGUGGAGGAAUGAGCAUGAAUCUGGCGGGGGGUCAGGUGAUCAGCACCAGUCCUGGAGCUUACAUCAUGGACAACGCUGGACCCCACCCCGCCACCCAGACGGCACGAGCUUCCCCGGCUACUAUUGAAAUGGCGAUUGAGACGCUCCAAAAAUCUGAGGGUUUAUCCAGUCAGAGAAGCUCGCUGCUCAACAGCCAUCUCCAGUGGCUGUUGGACAAUUACGAGACAGCAGAGGGCGUAAGUCUACCACGCUCCACCCUCUACAAUCAUUAUCUGCGCCACUGCCAGGAGCAGAAACUGGACCCUGUAAAUGCAGCCUCUUUUGGCAAACUCAUCCGCUCCAUCUUCAUGGGACUCCGUACAAGGCGCCUUGGGACGAGAGGGAACUCCAAAUAUCACUACUAUGGUAUACGUGUGAAACCAGACUCACCGCUCAAUAGACUCCAAGAAGACAUGCAGUAUAUGGCCCUCAGACAGCAGCCUGUUCAGCAGAAACAGAGGUUCAAGCCGGUGCAGAAGUUCGAUGGCUGCUCUGGGGACAAUUACUCAGGUGUAGGCCAGCAGCAGCCCGGUGCAGAGGAGCAGACAGUCAUUGCACAGAGUCAACACCACCAGCAGUUCCUAGAUGCAUCGCGGGCACUCCCUGACUUUGUCGACCUGGACGUGGGACAGAGCAAUACAGAGAACAUCAGCCCAGAGGAUGUGAAAGCUCUCCAGUCCCUUUACAGAGAGCACUGUGAGGCUAUCCUGGAUGUGGUUGUCAACCUCCAGUUCAGUCUAAUUGAGAAGUUGUGGCAGACGUUCUGGCGUUAUUCCCCCCCUGACUCUGUAGAGGGUGCCACUGUAACAGAAAACAGCAGCUUAAGUGAGAUCGAAGCGCGCCUGCCUCGCUCGCAGCUACUGGAGCUGUGCAGAAACGAGGCCGUGCUCAAAUGGAUGAGCACCUGUGACCAUCUAAUGUACCAGGCCCUUGUGGAGAUCCUCAUUCCUGAUGUCCUGAGACCCAUUCCCAGUGCCUUGACUCAAGCCAUUCGCAACUUUGCCAAAAGCCUGGAAGGUUGGCUCAAUAAUGCCAUGAAUGCCAUUCCACAGAGAAUGAUCCAGACCAAGAUUGCCGCUGUUAGUGCCUUUGCGCAAACACUGCGCAGAUACACAUCUCUGAACCACCUGGCUCAGGCGGCACGUGCUGUUUUGCAAAACACAUCCCAGAUCAACCAGAUGCUGAGUGAUCUCAACCGUGUUGACUUUGCCAACGUACAGGAGCAGGCAUCAUGGGUGUGCCAGUGUGAGGAGGGAGUCGUUCAGCACUUGGAGCAGGACUUCAAGGCCACGCUACAGCAGCAGAGCUCCCUGGAGCAGUGGGCAGCCUGGCUGGAGAACGUGGUCACUCAGGUGCUCAAGCCUUACGAGCACCGGCCCAGCUUCCCCAGGGCGGCUCGACAGUUCCUGCUCAAGUGGUCCUUCUACAGUUCUAUGGUGAUCAGGGACCUGACCCUGCGCAGCGCUGCCAGCUUCGGUUCCUUCCACCUGAUCCGCCUGCUGUACGACGAGUACAUGUUUUACCUUGUGGAGCAUCGCGUGGCGCAAGCUACCGGAGAGACAACCAUCGGUAUCAUGGGGGAGUUCGACAGCCUCAACACCCUGUCCCUCAGUAACAUUGAUAAAGACGAAACGAGUGGGAUGGACAGCGACUUAGAAGACGACGUGGAGGAGUCCGGGGAACCUCUCGCCAAGCGCGAGAAGUCGGAGCACGAGGUGAUCCAGGUGAUCCAGGUCGGGGCACUAGAGGACGGGUCCCACCCUGUUGUGGGGGUCGUCCAGCCCGGCGUCCUCCACUCGCUGCCCCAGCCCCCGCAGGACCACACCGAACACAUCCUAACCCCCUCCGCCGGCACUCCCACCAUCCGCCACUGCAGCGCCACAGGCAACACCUACGCCUCCGUUUGAGGGUCUGAGGGCAAGUCUGGCCUGAGUUUCGCCGUCUCACACUCCACAUAUCUUUCUCUCUGUAAGUCUAGAUGUUUCCGUCUUCUUCAUGCAUUGUCUCUUGUCUGCACUCGUGUGGACACGCUCUCGUCUCCCCUCUCUAGCCCGGUCACAGUGGGGGGGCGGGGGGAAGGGGGGCGCUGAAAUGAUGAUACUUUGGCCAAGAUGUGCUGUCCGUGUCUGACUGCUGUAGAUUCUGGGUGUGGUGUCAUCCCAUAAAGUCUGUGCUCUAUCGCAAUGCGGCAGCUGGAGGAGGACUAAUUUGACCCGUUAAAUGUUUUCCCGCCAAGGCAUGACUUAAACGCCUCUGUCUGUCUACACAGACGGGUUUUUUUGCCUUGAAGGAAAAUUCAACUCUUUUUCAAACUACUGAUGUCUCAGAGCUCAAAUCCAUGUCACUAGUCCCAGCGGAGCAAAGUCAUCGAUUUGACUCAAGACCUUCACCUUUUGUAAAUAGUUUUGCUGUACUUUUCAAAUUGGUAUUACCCAAAACUCAUGGUGCUAUCAUUGUGUUUUUUUGUUUUUGUUUUCCCAUUUCUCCCUCCUAAUUUUUAGCAUGAUUUAUGUCCACAUGCAUUCCAACUGCUGAUAAACGUUUGGCUGAACAAAAUAUUUUGAGUAUUGUAUGUAGCUAAAAAACAAAAGGGAGGACUUUCUAUAUGUAUGUACGGCAUUUGAAAAAAAAAAGGAUCAUGGGGCAGUUUUGUCUGUUCUGUUUGAUGGUAGCCACUCACUGAUAACCACUUCUAGAUUUUAGCCACAGAAAAAAGAAAACCCCUAAAGAAGUAUCUGUGCUGCUACUUGUGUAUAUAGAAAUAGACCAGCUGUACAAAACCACUUCCUCAACGCUAGCUUUUCUAUGCACCCUGUGCAUAUCGCUUGCCUUUGUUCAUUUUAGAUGCUCUGUAGUGUGGUUUACAGUUGUAAUCUUGAAAAUUUACUGGACAUAUUCCCCCUAUUUUUUUUUUUUUUUUUUUGCAGUUUCUGUCUUUAACGACAUUUAAGUUCACAAAGGACCAAAAACAAACCAACACGAAGAAGCUGAGAGGGAGCCACUUGGGCCGCCCGAGAGCUGUUUCCUGUCCCACAGUGCCAUGUUUGCAGAGCAGAAGGAAUGUCAGGGAUUUAAUGUACCUCGGCUUUAUCAUAGUGCCUUAUCCUUAAAUGCAGCUGUCCUUGUAGUCCUGACUGUGUGCUGUAGAGAGCCCACAGCCCCCUCUGCAUUGUCCCAGCCACAAACUUUGGCUUUCGUGGUGACUCGUGGCUGGAUUUGGGCUGGCUCAUCAGUGUUGAGACCAAGGAAUACAGGCACAGACACACCUGUUGUGGUUUUUCUCUGGAUCAGCUCUACUAAGCUCAUUACUUAUCUGAAUCACGGUCUUUAGCCUUGCUCCUGCCCUCACUCUGCCCUCUUGAGGCCUACUCUCGCAUUAGCCUUUGUUACUGGGUGAAGUGUGUACGUGUGAACAUGGAUGCAUAGGUGUGCACUGCGUGUUUUUAUGUGCAUGUGUAUAUAUAUAAAGCCCGUGUGUCUGCGUGCUUGUGUGUGUAUGUGUGUUUGGAACACAUCCAUCAGUCACCCUACCUCAAACCAGUGGUGCCAGCCCUUUUUGACGCGUGCAGCACAGUCACCAAACCUUAUUGCACACACACCACUGUACUGCACAAAUCUCAACGCGACGGAGAAAAACAUGCAUUGCUUUUUCUCUCACCUCUGAUACAUUUUCCAUUUCAGUUUUUAGCCCAUAAAAAAUGCUUUCACCCCCUUUGUUCCCUGUUUAAAGAUCAUCUUUGUACAGCGGACCAAAAGUAGAUAUUUUGUGAUAUUCAAAGAGAUAUAUAGAUAUAUAUAUGUAUAGUAUAUAUAAUGAUGAUACACUACAUAUAUUUGUUGCUUUAUAUGUGAUUGUUUCUUUUCGUAGCUCCUCUGUAAUUAGUUCAUAGACUGUGAAAUGGGGAAAAAGGCAUGGGGGACUAACUUCUGAUUCAUUAGACUACAUCUAUACUUGAACUGUUAUCGCAUUCUAUGUUGUGGAGAUUAUUGAGAUUAAUCCUCUUAAUAGGAACACUUUGUUACUAAAAUGAUUUUUUGUUUUUGUUGAAAAUGAUCUGCACGAUUCCUCUGCAGAAAAUGUUUAUUUAUUGAUAUUUAUUGUGUUUUUGGUUUAGAUGCUUACCCCAUUAUAAACACAUUAUAAUGGGUACUGAUUAUGAAUUAUACCACUACAAAUGGCAGACCUACUGUACAGGAGGAUCAUGAGGUUUUUUUUGUUUGUUUCUUUUCUUUGUAAGUCAUAUAUGUAGGUUGAUUAAGGUAAAAAAGAAAACUGUAUUUGCUGUAAUCACUUCCUUUUAAGCUCCCAUCACUAGUCAAAUGAUUCCUUCAGAUACUAGAAGUACACAGCAUCUUUUUACCGAUGUUUUUCUUUGUGCCUGUGGUAGAAAAAACCCUGCUUAGCGGUAAAGGAGCAAAAUGCUGCACGUUAUUUAGGUUACUGGGUCAUCUCACAGAUGUUUUGUUAAAUCAUUUCCAGGACAAAUCUGAAAAGUAAACCCCCAAAAACCUACGGUACACAUCUCUACUAUACUGUAGCGUUACCCCGAGUCCGCUGGCUUGAAAUGUCCAGGCUCACCAGAUCUAGAAAAUUGAGCGCACGCAAAUCUGGCUUCCUGUUAUAUUAAGAACAGUUUGAAAAGUCUGCAAGAAGAAAAAGGUCAAUGAACUUUAAAGAGCUAGGCCUGAGGCGUUUUGCUUGCAUCAGUCUGUGACCAUAAUGAACUUGCUCCCUGACUUUUGGUAUUAAACUGUCCAAUGCAAGUUGGGAGGAAAGUCCAAAACAAAAAAUGAAUGCAUGCAAAAACUUAAGCGCUAGAUCACCUCGUAUACUUUCUCCAGAGCUGCACAUAAAUCUGUGUCCUCGUAAUAGCUGCACUCCGUUCCCAAGAGCUCACUUAACCGACUCCCAACAUGCACUGAAUUUCUGAGAAUGACGUUAUAAAAAGUGAUGGGGUUCUGUCUGAGACUUCAAAUUUUAAAUUAUGUUGUAAAUCUGUGUACCGGUUAGGAAUGAAGGUUUUGCAGGAUAGUUUUUCUCACCUGUGGCUUUUUUUUUUUUUUUUUUAAAUCUUUCUCUCACUGAUUUUUUCCCUUGUCAUUUAAAUUAAGUACAACAUUGUAGAUGUAAACUUGUAUUAUUUGUGCCUGAAGUGAAAAUGGCUUAUAAAAUGUUUUCUUUAAUUGUGUGCUUUAGGAUCAUAAGUGCUUUCUGGUCUUGCACGCCUACCAUGUGCUGCUAGAAAAUUGUUUUUGUGUCAAUUUUGGUUGUUCCCCCCCAUUUUAUUAUACAUAGACUUAACGUGCCAGACAGUGAUUUCUGCAUCUCAAAGUCUGCCUGGUUAACACUGGACUGAUGCUAAUGCUGCCAACACAAUUGUACUUUACUUCUCUAUGAAAUUGAGAAGUGAGAUUGUUUUUGUAACAGCUGUUUCCAACCAGAAAAAAAAAAAAAGACAUAAGCUAUUCCUUAACUUGUCAUAGGAGCGAAAGCUAAGAGAUGCCUCUUCACCUGGACGAAACGGCAGCUUCACUGACCCAUAGCAGACUCCAGUGCCUUUCAUUUCGCCCCGGCCAGAGCAGAUGGCCUGGGUGACUAUUGGGUCUCUGGUGGGCGACAGAUAGAGGCUAUCAGAGCAGACAUUUCAUUGCACAGGUGCUGCCACUGAGAAGACACCAGGGAAGCAUAAAGACCUGUCCUCAGACUGGACUAUUUAUUUACUGGAUGUGACCACACACACACACACAGACAUACACACACUAAGUAGUUUACACAUGGUAGAUUACCUGCAGACGGCUUUUUAUUGUACAGAACUGGUUAAUGAACAAGGAGAGUCACUGUAAGUAAAAUGCUCUCUUAUGAAUUGUUUUCUCAUGAUCGUGAUUUCUUUUGUCAAACGAUAUUUUCUGAAUGCUGUGACCUGUUUGAGAUUUGUAUUUGGAUGUUUUCAAGUGCCAUUUGACAGUCUAGUGAGUCGUGGCCAUCUGUAGCACGCUCUAAUGCAAGCACAAGCAUUUGGCAGUGGCAUUUGGGGAAGGUUUUUAUUUUGAUUCACCCUAGACAAAAAUAUGUAUAUAUCAAAAACUGAAAAAAAGGUAUAUUUAUUUGUGUCUUAAUUAUUUGAUUUGUUCUUUUUGGUGAACAUUUUAUCAGAUAUGUUGGCUAAAGUGCUUUUGUGAUUUCUUUUUCCUCUUUUUUUUUUUUUGGAUAAUGUAUAGUAUCUGAUAUAAUAUAUACACACAAAUUUCAUGUGACUUUCUUUUUGUGUGCCAUUAAGUUUUCUUCUCAAAUUGGCAAGCGAACCAAUGCGUGUAGGGUGAUUUGUAUUGUGUAUUUUACAUAAAAAAACAAGGACAAUUGGGGGACUUUUAUAUUUAUAAAGACAUUAUCAUUUAGUGUGUCGUAUUGAUGAAUAUAGAAACUAUUAAAGACACAUGUAGUUUGGUUUUCUGAAUAUUUCAGAUCUCAGCUCAGGCUAGCUUCUUAGUGUUGUUUUCUUAAAAUUUGUGACUCGUCUUUGCAGUAAUAAACGUUUUCUUGUUCAAA